AUGGCAUCAAAUGUUGCAGUGAAGUUGGUUAGUGUUCUGCCUAAUCCAUUAUUGCAAUCACAUAUGUUUGAUCUUGUUUAUUGUCUAUCAUCCUUGCUAUCUUCACAUCAAGUAGAAGUUGCUAUACCCUGUGCUACCACUUUGAAUUUUGUAAUCUCAAAUUUGAGUGCUACAAAUGAGAAGGAAGUUAUGGAAGCACUGAAAGAAACAGAGGCUUCCCUUUGGAUUGUUGGAAAUAUAAAGGAUUUUGCUGAAGGUGUAAAGAAAAUUGAGUAUUUCGAAGAGAUGAUUUUACUUUUGAGCACUAUACUAUGGCGCUGGCCACCGUCUAGGUUCUCUGUUUGUAAUGAUGUAAUACUUAUGAAAGGUCUAGCAAACAUCCAUACAAAGACAGAUAGUUCUAUUAAACUCGCACUUCUAAAGUUGUACACGUCAAUAGCUUUGUGUGAUUCUGCAGCAAGAAGACUUAUAGAGGAUGAAGAAAUAUUUCCACAAAUGUUUGUGCAGGCAAUGGGAAAAUCAAACCCUCAUGCUAUUCGGAUAGAGGGGUUUAGGCUUGCUCAGUGCCUAUUGAGAUCCCAAGAUAAUUGUUUAAAAGUGGUUGGUUUGUGUGGUGAUGCUCUUGUUGAGGCCAUCAUUUGUGGAAUGACAGAACCUAGGGUGACUUCUAAAAAGUUUGGAAACAACCACGGGUCUUUGUCAGUUGAAGCAUGCCAGUUGGCUCUAAUUACUCGCUGGGCAGGUGAUCAUCAUACCAACUUUUGGAAACAAGGAAUUGAUAGAGUCCUUCUUAGUCUUCUGAUUGAAAAUAUUGAAGACCAAUUGUUUGAACCCGUCUUGGCUUUGGAAAAACAAAUAUAUAUGGCAAAAGAGGGAUUAAAAGCCAAUUAUCAUCUUGGUCUUAGGAGUUAUCUGUGGGACAUUCUUGGGUGGCUUACAAUUCAUUGGGGAGAAAAUUUAAACCCUUAUACUCGUGGUAGUGAGCUCUGCAUCAAGUUACUAAUUACAUGUGCAUGCUUGAGUUUUGUGGAUACACUUGAAAAAUGGUGCAGAAUUUGUCAAAAGGAUAUUGAUGAUCAUUUUCAAAGUGAACCUGUAUCAAGGGCCNCGUUUUCUCUCUAUUUUUUCCGAAUUCUCUCGUAA